AUGAAGCAAACCACCAUCCUCUUUCUGGUUCUCUUUUCUAUACUUAUCACCAAUGCUCAAUCGAGGGGCAAAAUCGUAACUUCCAAGCAACAUGUCAAGAAACGCUCACUUCUUGUUUCCGGCAAUAUUACACAGGCACCGAUGACGAUUAGCAGCUUUGAGAAGGGCGGAGAUAGUGGCAGGCCGUCUGAUUGUGACGGGAAGUUCCACUCGAAUAGCGAGUUGAUCGUGGCAUUGUCUUCCAGGUGGUAUAAUAAAGGGGAAGGGUGUUUUUUUGUAAUUAAAAUAUAUUAUCAUGAUAAAAGUGUAAAAGCUAAGGUGAUUGACGAGUGUCGCUCUAAAAAUUGUCCUGAUAAUAUUGUGGUGGCAUCUACAGCCGUUUGGGACGCACUUCAGGUGCCUCAAAGUGAAUGGGGGGAAGUUGUGGUUACUUUUUCAGUACCGGUAUGA